AUGGAAAGAGUUAUUGAUUUUUGGAGAUGGUUCGUCACGAUACUACAUGAAUCAAAUUUCAAAAAACUACAACAAGAGAUCGACAAACUUGGUAUCUAUGAUCUCCACAAUAUUUUAAGUCAGCAAAAGAAAGUAGAAUGGUGCGAAUGGCAUUUGAAUAUUGAUGAAAAUGAUCAUGCUAUAAAAAUAGUCGACGAAUUUCGUAAAAAUUUCAAACAUUUAAAGUUAUCUUCAAGUAUAAUUGAUCAAGUAGACACAAUCGGAGAAACAUUUUUAAAUUUCAUGCCCAAGGAUUUUCAUUGGAAUACAAUUAGAGAUUAUUUCAGAGUAGCCCGCGAACAGGACAGUCCAAUAGCGAUCAUAAGAGCGUAUACAUACAGUAAAAAUUUUAGUCAACAUUUAAAUAAACACUCAGCUGUAAAUACAUAUCAUGCACUGAAACUCUAUUGCACAUUGUUGAACUGUCCGAUUCUAGCUCAAACACAAGAGUAUACAGAAGCGUUUACCAGGAUACUUUUUCAUCCAAAAUUAAUACAAUCCUUAGUUCGACAAGAGACCGUUUAUCGUGGCAUAGUUCUUGAAGAUAAGAAACUCGUAGACAAUUACAACGAAGGGGCUACAAUAAUAACAACAACAUUUUUAUCUACAUCCACCAAUCCUGAUGUAGCCAAUUGUUUUAGUGACCCGGGUCCUCAAGAUGCAAUAUCAGUAUUUUGCGUAUAUAACAUUAAUAAUAUCAACCGUCAUACAGCACUCGAUUUGAGAAAUUUAUCCGUUUACCAAAACGAGGACGAAAUAUUGAUCUUACGUUAUGUACCAUUCAUAAUUAAAUCGAUUGAACGAACGGAUGAUGGCCGAAAAAUGACAAUAUGCUUUGAUGAACGUAAGGAGCAACAAAUCGUAGAAGAAAAUCUUUUUUAA